AAACUUCGCUUGGGAACCGGUACCUAUUUUCAGCCUGGGCAUUUUGAGAAAAGAGACGGGAGGCUGUCACUGCGAUAGCCAUUGUCCCGUUAAAUUAACGCCCAGAAGCGGCUCCGCGACCGCCCAGGGAGCCGGAGCCCGCGAGGAUUCUGGGAACUGAAUUCUGGCGUGGGCCCGAGGCCGACCGCUGCGGCGAGGCCUACCGGGUCCUUGGCCUCAGGAUGCUCCUUCUCGGGCGGCGUGUACGGUCGGGAAAGGCCAGACCUAGGCGAGGAUUCAGGUCUACCUUCUUGAAUCCCUGCCUGACAGGAAGGGACUGUCUGUUGAGAAAGAGAGGACUUCUGUGCUCCUGACAACCUAAUUCCAGGCUCUAGGUAGCAGAAACUGAUCCAAGACAUGAAGUCUGAAUCUCAGGUGCAGACGUGGAAGAACUUGUUCAUUUUGAAAGCUAAGGGAGAGUGGCAGAAGACAGACUUGAAGGCCUAGAAAUGAAGGUCCUGGCUGCUUGGAAAUGAGAUGGGCUUUUUAAGGUUGGAAGUCACACUACACACCAGCAAUCUACCUUAAGAUGAAAUAAUAUCUACUUGGGCCUCUGGCAGACAUACGCUGGGCUAACUUUGGGCCCAUUAUGUUGCCUAUUCUUCUGUACUGUGAGAGCAAGCCUGGGAGAAGAUUUUGUCUUCAGAGAAUGAGGAAAAUAUGGAGACCAUGAAGAAAUUGUCUCAAAAUAAUAAGGCAAAAGGUUUGCCUUCUAAUUAUAUUUACUGGCCCCAAGAGAAGGAAGACAGGCCCCAAGUACUGGCACUAGUUACAUUCAGGGAUGUAGCUGUCAUCUUCACAGAGGCAGAAUGGAAGAGAUUGAGCAUGGAGCAGAAGAACCUAUACAAAGAAGUGAUGCUGGAGAAUUACAGCAAUCUACUUUCGCUGGCAGAACCAAACCCAGAAAUCUACCCUUGUUCCUCCUGUCUUCUGGCCUUCUCCUGUCAGCAGUUUCUCAGCCAACAUGUGCUUCAGAUCUUCCUGGGCUUAUGUGCAGAAAAUCAUCCAGGGAAUUCCAGACCAGGGCAUCAGGAACAGCAGGAGCAGCAGUAUUCUGAUCAAAGCUGCUGCGGUAAAAAGACAGAAAAUCAAGAGGAAGAAGGUGGCUCCAAACUCUUGUCUGCCAAGACAGAGGAGAGAGAGAACUCAAGGGCAUCCUCUAGCCCAUACCAAGGACAGUCAGCAAGUCCUAGGGAAGGCAACAUGGUGGUGGAAGCAGAGCCCAUCUCAGCCCAUAGGGUAAACCCUGUGCAACCAGACAGAGGAUUGAAGGAAUUAGACAUCUUAAGAUUUGGAGCCGUCAACUGUAGAGAGUUUGAAUCAGACUAUAACUUGGAAUCAAACUUUAUUACAAACCCAAGGAUUCUCUUAGGGGAGAAGCCCUAUAUUUGCAGUGAUUGUGGGCAAGGCUUUAAAGACAGGUCAAUCGUUAUCAGACACCAUAGGACACAUUCAGUGGAGAAGCGUUAUGCGUGCAGUGAGUGUGGCUUUAGCCAGAAGUCCAACCUCACCAGACACUGGAGAACACAUUCAGAAGAAAAGCCUUAUGUGUGCAGAGAAUGUGGGCAAACCUUUAGCAAUAAGUCCAUCCUGAGUAGACAUCAGUGGACUCACUCAGGGGAGAAGCCCUAUAUGUGCAGUGAGUGUGAGCGAGGCUUUAGCCAGAAGUCAUCCUUCAUUAGACACCAGAGAACACACUCAGGGGAGAAGCCCUACGUUUGCCUGGAGUGUGGACGAGGCUUUAGUGAUAAGUCAACCCUCAGAAAACAUCAGAGGACACACUCGGGGGACAAGCCUUAUGUUUGCAGGGAGUGUGGGCGAGGCUUUAGCCAAAAGUCAAACCUCAUUAGACACCAGAGGACACACUCCCAUGAAAAGCCUUACCUUUGCAGGGAGUGUGGGAGAGGCUUUUGUGACAAGUCAAACCUCAUUGUGCAGGAGAGGACACACUCAGGGGAGAAGCCUUACAUGUGCAGUGAGUGUGGCCGAGGCUUUAGCCGGAAGUCCCUCCUCCUUGUCCACCAGAGGACACACUCAGGGGAGAAGCAUUAUCUUUGCAGGGAGUGUGGGCGAGGCUUUAGCCAAAAGUCAAACCUCAUUAGACACCAGAGGACACACUCCCAUGAAAAGCCUUACAUUUGCAGGGAGUGUGGGAGAGGCUUUUGUGACAAAUCAACCCUCAUUGUGCAUGAGAGAACACCCUCAGGAGAAAAGCCUUCCAUGUGCCGAAGCCUUAUAAGUGCUGAGCCUGACUGUGGCCAAGGCUGUAGCCGGAAGUCACUCCUUGUCUACCAGAGGACACGCUCAGGGGAGAAGCGUUAUGUUUGCAGGGAGUGUGGGCGAGGCUUUGGCUACAAGUCAAAUCUCAUCAGACACCAGAGGACACACUGAAGGGAGAAGCCUUGUGUAUGCAGGGGUCAUGGGCAGACUUGAGCAAUCAGUCAGACUUCAUCUGACACCAGAGAGACACACAGGGAGUGGUCCCCAUGUGUGCAUGCGGUGUGAGUGAAGUUUCAGAGAUAUGUCACCCUCAUCAAGCACUGGGGGACAUGUGCAGGAGAGGGGCCUGUGGCCAUAAGUCACCCUCCAGCAUGCAUGGAAGGACACACUUGGGAGAAGUUUGUAUGUGCAGGGACUGUGGGUGAGGCUUCAGCAAUGAGUCAACAUUUAUUGAAAGUCCAGUGGCAGAUGCUGGGGAAAAGUGUCACAUGUUCAGAGAGUGUGUGAGCCUCCACGAAAGAACAGUCAGGCACAAGAUGGUGCACUCAGGAAGAGUCUUUAUUUGCAGGCAGUAUGGGCAAAACUUUUUUUAUAGACAGAGUCUCACUAUGUAGUCCUCGGUAGAGUGCUGUGGCGUCACAGCUCAAGGGCUUAAGUGAGUCUCUUGCCUCAGCCUCCCAAGUAGCUGGGACUACAGGGUGCCUGCCACAAGGCCUGGCUAUUUUUUUUGGUGGUGGUUUGGCAGGCCCUGUGGCUGGCGCCCUAGCCACUGAGCUACAGCCGCUGAGCCUGGGCAAGACUUCUGUGGAAAUACAUUGCAGGGAGGAUCCAGAUGUGGGGACGCUGUGGAGCUGUACCCAGAUGAGCUUUUUAGGGCUAACACCCCAGCUGCUCCAGAGAAGUGUGCUGCUGCAGGCAGAGCUGCUCUCCUUACUGGGACUGGCUCUUAGCCCCAGGGAGCUGUGUGAUAAGGGUUAUGCACCUUCCAGGGCAGGGGGAUCCUCCUCAGUGACUGGUUCAUGUAGGGAGAUAAAACCCUCAACUGGGACAAUUCCAAAGGGUCCAUCCCAAAUCCAGAGGUCCCUAUUGAACUGACUGAUCUAUUAGUUGUGAAUACAUUGUGGAUCAGCUCCUUCCUCUACCCAGUCUUGCCCCAAUAAACCCUGAUUCUCCUAACUGUCUCUCCAGGCAAUCUGGUCUGAGACAUCCGUGGUGUAAAAGGAGUGUGGCUGAGGCUUUGGCUCUAAGUCACCCUCAACAAACUACAGAGUACACUGAGUAGAAGCUCUGUUGUACAGAGAAAAUGGGCAAAGACUGGGGGAAAAUGUAUGCCUCAUCAGAGAACAGCUUUUUGGGGAGAAGCUUUCUGUGAGUGGAAAGGGAGAAUGUGAGGCACUCAGCAAUAAAUUAAUAAAUUAAACCUCAUCUUGUAGUGGAGGACACACUCAGGGAGAAGGCCUAUGUGGGCAAGGUUUGUGGGUGGAGCUUUAUCAUGAGGUCUCUUCUCAGCAGACUUGCCAGGGCAGUCUUGCAGACCACUACCUCACCCACCUCUGAGUGGGUUUCAGGAGAUGUCUUGACCCCUUAACCUGUAUGUGAAUAAAGAUGGCCAUAACAAUUAAAUAGGCCUUUCCCCCAAUUUUGCAAUCAGAUGGAAUAAAAAAGUAAGCUUUAUUUAAGUAAUCAAAAAAUAAUCAGUGGAUGUGGUAUCUCAUGCCUGUAAUUCCAGCUACUGGGGAAUGUAAGGUGGGAGGAUGUCUUGACCAGUCGGAGCAACCAAAUGAGACCCUGACUGUAGCUCAGUGAGUAGGGUGCCAGCCACAUACACCAAAGCUGGCAGGUUCGAGCCCAGCCUCGACCUGCUGAACAAUAAUGACAACUACACUCCAAAAAUAGCCGGAACACAACUACGGUGCAUCUUAAAUUUACUAAGUGUAGAAUAUAAAUGUCUUAACACAGUAACUAAGGAAAUGUGGUGAAGGCUAUGUUAACAAGUUGGAUGAAAAUAUUUCAAAUGGUAUAUAAAACCAGCAUAUUGUACCCCAUUAAUUGCAUUAAUGUAUGCAGCUAUUUAUUAAAAAAAAAGCCAGGUGUGGUGGGUGCCUGUAGUCCCAGCUACUUGGGAGGCUGAGGCAAGAGAAUUGCUUAAGCCCAAGAGUUUGAGGUUGCUGUGAGCUGUGACAUUAUGGCACUCUACUGACACAGUGAGACUCUGUCUCAAAUAAAUAAGAAAAAAUUAAGAAAUGAUCAACUUGUUUUAAUUUCAGACAUGAAUUCUUUCCCAUGUCUAUCCUUUUGUUUUAGUCAAAAUUUCUUUAAUAGGCUCAGACCAUGUACUUUAGUCACUCUUAGGAUUAGAAAGGUGCCAGGAAUUCAAUUUCACAGUCUGGGUUUCCUGCAUGAAUUCAACCCUUGAGAAUCAAUCUCAUAGGUAUUGUGGAGAAUCUGAUCCCUUUCACGGGGAAGAGGGAUUAGGUUCCAGAGACAGGCCACCUGCAGGGAGGGCAUGUCCCAGAUCUCUGCUUCUCCCCACUGAAUGCUCUCUCUCCAGAGUGUCCUUUCUGGGCUCUAGGCAGUUCUCUUUACCCCAUUGAAGUACUGUGGAUCCUCAAUGAUCUGUGCAUGUCCUCUUGUUCCAGAGACCCUUUAACUAUACCCUCUCUGUAGCCUUCUGGGUUCUAAGGGCAGGUCCUAACCAUGCCCAGUCAUGAGUCAUUGCUUUGGGCCUCUUAGCUCCUCCCCAUGUCAGAUCAACAAUAAUAGAUGUGAAGACCCCUAAAUAGCUCCAAUACCAUGUCCUGUUGGGUUUCCAGGCCUAGGGUUCAGUCCUACUAAUGAUACCUUACCUGUACAUCAUCCCUCUAAUAAUUGGUCUAAGAUAACUGAGCCAUACCCCCACCAUUGUUUUUCAGACCAAGGAUCUGCUGCUCUUUAGCCACACACUUUUCUAAUCCUCCCUCAGGGCCUGAAUUGCCAGUUUUUUUACAAUUCCACUAGCCCUAACUCUGACUUCUAUGUCCUAGGUCAAUAACUAAUAACUAGAGAGGGUCUGCCUAGGUUCCAGCAAAUUUGAGAGAGAGUCACUGGCUCCAAGGCCUCUACCCACAUCUCCAGCCAUGAAGUCAGCUGUCUCAGUCUGUUUUCCGCUGGCAUAACAGGAUAGCAUAUACUGAGUAAUUUAUAAUGAAUAAAAAUGUAUUCGGCUCAUGGUUCUAGAGGCUGCGAAGUCCAAGAGUGUGGUGUUGGCUUCUAGUAAGGGCCUUCAUGCUGCAUCAUCCCAUGGCAGAAGGGGGAAGGGUAAAAGCAUGUGAGACAAAUCAGGGGAGAUGAACUUACUCUUUUUAUCACAAACCCACUCCAAUGAUAACCCACUCCUGUGAGACUGACAUUGAGCCUUCAUGACCUCUUAAAGGUCCUACCUCUUAAUCCCUCAUCAGAAUGGCAAUUAAAUUUUGAUACGAGUUUUGGAGGGGACAAACAAGCCAUAGAAUCCACUUUCCAGUGGCUACUCAGAGUCAGGUCUGGUGGGGAAAAACAAUGUGUUACCCUGGGAGUGUGGGCCCCCACCUUUUGCCACAUUACCCUCAUGUCCCUUUGCUAAAACUACCCCUGUAACACCAACACUCUGCUUCUGGGCAUAGCUAGAGGCCACUGAGGGAAAAGUAUGUAAGUAUCUAAUGGGGUAUGAGGAGGGAAGAGACAGAUCCUCCUCAUUCUGGAUAGUUCCCACAUCUCUCCCUAUGUCCUGCCAUUGGGAAAGAAAAAUGGAAGCAAGAAACCCAGCACCUACCUUCGAAAAAAAGGGUGAAAAGAAAGAAAAUGAUGCAGAAAAAUAUUUUUAACUCCUGGGCUCAAGUGAUCCUUCUUACUUAGCUUUCCCAGUAGCUGGGACUAUAGGCAUGCAUCACCAUGCCUAGCUACCAUGACCUCAGUGAAUUCAGAAUCCACCAUCCUUUCUUGCUUUAAGUUUUAAAAUGGUCUUUGUCAUGCUGAUUUUUGCUGAGUCUUCCAAAAAAGUGGCAGUGGAUUGUGAGAAAUGAACAUCAAUUAUAGUAUAGAAACAUUUGACCAAGUAAUCACAAUGGGUGGAAACAAUGAAAUCUGGCAAAACAAAAAAAUGUGUAGAAACGAGACUACCGGGUGUAGCAAGGCAAUACCUUGUGGGAUGAGUCCAAAUUAGUCACCUGGGGGUCACAGAGAAUAUUUGGGUUGUGGGCACUUUCAAGGUGGUCGGCAACCUAAUAGCACCUGGUUAUGAAAUUAGAUAGUGAUUCAGAUUAGAGGUGGAAUUAUUUAUAUACCCAAGCUUGAUCCUAAUUUUAAAAUACACAUAACUAAAUAUAUGUAUAUGUCUCAUAUAUGCAAAGUAAGCUCAUAUUUUAUAAUCAAAUUUUUUCUAAAACAGAACAGAUGGUAGGACAUUCUUGGCAAACAUAAGAUUUUCUCAUUGCAUAAUCUUUUUUCCCUUAGUAAAUAUCAUGUUACGCUUUUCUUUUUUCUCUUAAUACCCAUAAAACAUGUAAGGGGUAAAAUCGAUGUUCUUACCCUGGAAAGAUUUUUUUUUUGAGACAGAGUCUCACUAUGCUGCCCUUGGUAGAGUGCUGUGGCAUUAUAGCUCACAGCAACCUCCAACUCUUGGGCUUAAGUGAUUCUCUUGCUUCAGCCUCCCAAGUAGCUGGGACUACAAGGUGCCUGCCACAAUGCCCAGCUAUAUAUAUAUUUUUUGGUUGUUGUUGUUUCCUCACCACUAUACUAAUGACGAUGUUGUAGUUGUUGUUGCAAAUGUCAUUGUUGUUUAGCUGGCUCAGGCCUGGUUCGAACCCACCAGCCUAGGUGUAUGUGGCUGGUGCCCUACUCACUGAGCUACGGGCGCCACCCUGGAAAGAUUAUUUUUAUCUAGUUGUGUACCUUAUUUGUUAAUUUUAAUAUAGAAGUUGUUUUGGAGAACAGCCACUCGCCUGUUUUUUAAUUAAAGAGAAAUUUGGGACAGGCUGAAAUAUGAUAUUCUAGAAAUAUAAAAAAUUAUGAAACAAGAUUCCUAGAGUUCCACUUACUAGGUUCUUAAAAGGAUAAAAAACAUUCCUUCUCUGAGUGUUAGGGCAAGAAUUGAAGAUUAGAAAAGUCUCCCAAAGCCAGGUUACACAACGGGGCAGGCUAUGCUCUCAUCUGCUGUAGUUGAUAGUCUCAGGUUACCCUGAGCAGCUGGCUCAGCAGCACCCUCACUGCUGCUGGUCACCAGUUCUCACCUUUCCCCUACUUUCCAAUUCCUUUGGGAACUAGAAAGCUUUUUUUUUUUUGGGCUGGGAGGAAGAGAGUUUACUUUUGUGAAUUUUUCUUAUUUUAUUUUAUUUUUUUUUGUAGAGACAGAGUCUCACUGUACCGCCCUCAGGUAGAGUGCCAUGACGUCACAUGGCUCACAGCAACCUCUAACUCCUCUAACUCUUAACUCUUGGGCUUACGCGAUUCUCUUGCCCCAGCCUCCCAAGCAGCUGGGACUACAGGCGCUCGCCACAACGCCCGGCUAUUUUUUUGUUGCAGUUUGGCGGGGACUGGGUUUGAACCCGCCACCCUUGGCAUAUGGGGCCCGCGCCCUACUCACUGAGCCACAGGCACCGCCCUACUUUUGUGAAUUUUAAUGGUACUUAAAUUAGGAUGCGUCUGAGCUUCCUCUCUUCUGUGUCUCUUUUAGUAACCCAGCAUUAAAGUACAAGGUCAUGGACCUUCAAAUAUGUCUAGCAAACUGCCACUAAAAGAGGCUUAACUUGUGUUUUGACAGAAGAGCUCAACUUGUAAAAAUCUUAGAGUAAAUAAAUUGUGUAAUGUUGGAGGUAUGCCUCCCUAAGCAAGUAAAAUUAUGAAAACAUUUCCGAUCAUAAUUUUUGCUGAAUGUAUUGGCAAAGGAAUUUUAUAUGGAGUUGGAGAUCUAGAAGAGAUGCUGCAGGGAAUCUGAGAGGAAACUUCAGAGCAUGAAAGAUAAAGUGUAAUGAAUAUAGCACUGAGACUAGGAUAAAUUUGGCAGCUGUCCAGGAAAAAUUUAUAGCUAAACCAUGGUGAUAGCAGAGUGGGCUGAAAGAGAAGACAGACUGUUAGGUGUGUCUUCAAAUCAUGUGGUGGUUGCCUGGAUAUAGAAGAGGGGGAGAAUGUAAGAAGAACUCCCGCAAAUACAACUUUCCAACAGAAGAUAUAUUUGCAAGAGAAAAAUUUCUCACCACUCCAGAAAUCACAGGACUAGUUCCUUCUCUGAGGGUAGGUUGCCUGGCUGUCCACUUUUUCUUAUCCGAGGCCAGGAGUCUGCCCGUCUAUGUGGUAGAAUAUGUUUGUAAGCCUGUGGAAUUAUGUCAGUUAUUAAUUUACUAUUUCAGCUCCAAAUUCACCUGAUCUGUACACAUGGAUCUGGGUCCUAUAAUUAUCUUUCCUUUGCCAGCUGGAUGAGGUUUAUCAGUAGAAGGGAGACUGGAACAACAUUGCCCGAGAAAGGACCCUCUUUCUUAGGUUGGAUGGCUCAUUCAUCAGGCCCCUGCAGGGUACCCUUUUUGCCUUUCAUUCUUUGGGCAGUGAAGUUUUAUGAAGUUAAAUGCCUGCUGGACAGCUUUCUCCACCAAUUAGUCACCGUAUAUUCUCUCCAGCUCUCCACUCAGGCACUGGUGGUAUAGUUGAAAACCUAAAUAACACAGGCCUGUACCCCAGUCCAGGUCACUGGUCUUGUACCUUUUUUUCAGCCCCAGAGGUAUAUAUGCUGGGGGCUUCACAGGACUGGCUGUCCAGCAAGCAGGCCACCUGACCUUCAUCUUAUGCAGAGGUUUAGAGCCUCCCAGCCUAGUUUGCUGUUCCUGUGACCUUCUCCCCAGCUCUAGGGCUCCAGCAGCUGCCCUCAGCUGCCUCAGCCCAAGCUGUGCAGAGAAGUACACUAGGUUCUUGUAGUCUCCAUUUCCAGCAGUGCCUUGACCCCCCUCUGCUCACCUACCCCCUUUGACCUUGGCUCUUUUUAUUUUUAACUUGGGCCUUCCCCACACAGACAUAAUGUAGUCUAGGCCUUGUAUCAGCAUCAACACCCAGCUCUCUACAUUCCAAACUCCCUUUGUGCACCUGUCUAUCAGCUUUGGCUUGCCUGGUGACUUUGAACUAGGUCUAGCCAGCACAAUCUCUCAAUUUCUCUAGUGAGCCUUGGAGAACUCUCCUUCCAAGUUUGUCUUUUCUUGAGUACUCUCCCUUAGUUGUAGGGUUUUCUUUCAAUAUAUAUGUUACUCUCCUACUAUUAUCUAAUAAUUCUUUAUGAUAAAUUUCCCAUUUAAAUUACUGUAUGGUUUCUUUUUUCUGAUUGAAAUCAGGUUGACACAGGAAUGGAUGUAUAUAUAUGUGUGUGUGUGUGUUUUUAUAUGAGAAUAAUGACAUGAAAUUUGACUGCAUUUAUUCAUGAACCCAGAGAUAAGCCAAGGAAAUAAUGCAAAUCAAAGUCGUUAGUUAUUAAUACUUAGCUAGGGCUAUGACCCUGAACCCAGAAACAGAAAUCUAACGGUCAAGACCAGAGGUUGGCAGACUACAGCUGAAGGCCAACUCUGAUCUACCACAUGUUUUUGUGUGGCUUUGAGCUAAGAAUGGUUUUUAUAUUUUAAAUGGUUAAAAAGAAUGAAAAGAAGAAUAGUUAUUUUGUGACACAUAUUUGUGUCCAUAAAUAAAAUUUUGUUGGGACCCAACAACACACAUUGCUAUGUAUUAUCUAUAGCUGCUUUCAUGCUACGUGGUAAAAGUUGAGUAAUUGCAACAGAGACCAGAUGGUCCACAAACCCUAAAAUACUAUCUGGCCUUUGACAAUAAAAGUGUACUGGAAGGCUGGGAGUGGUGGCUCACGCCUGUAGUCCCAGUGCUGUGGGCGGCCGAGGCGGGUGGAUUGCCUGAGCUCAGAGGUUCGAGACCAGUAUGAACAGCAGUGAGCCAGAGUAAGACCCCGUCUCUACUAACAUCAAGAACAUCGCCAGAGGAAGAAGAAAAUGAACAACAAAAAAGAGUACUUCAAACGAAGAAGAAUGAACAAGGAAGCUGAAAUUAAAAAAAAAAAGUGUACUGGAAAAGAAAAGAGAUAAAACUAUAAAAUUGUUUGAAGAAAACAAAGGAGUAAAUCUUUAGUGCCCCAGAUUUGGCAAAAAAAAUUUUUUUUUUUUUUUUUGAGACUGUCUCACUAUGUCAUCCUUGGUAGAAUGCUGUGGUGUCAUAAGCUCACAGCAACCUCAAACUCUAGGACUUAAGCAAUUAUCUUGCCUCAGCCUCCCAAGUAGCUGGGACUACAGGCGCCUGCCACAAUGCCUGGCUAUUUUUUGGUUGUAAUUGUCGUCGUUUGGCAGGCCCGGGCUGGAUUUGAACCCACCAGCUCUGGUGUAUGUGGCUGGCACCCUAGCCGCUGAGCUACAGUGCCCAGCCUUAGCAAAAGAUUCUUAGCACUAUUUCAAAAACAUGACCACCACCAACAAAAUAUAAAUUAGACCUCAUAAAAAUUAAAAAAUGUUGUGUAGGGUCUAUUGAGAAAGUGAAAAUUCAACCCACAGAAUGGGAGAAAAAUCUAUAAAAUCAUAUAUCUGACAAGGGACUUGUCUAGAAUACAUAAAGAAUUCUGGCUCAGCACCUGUAGCUCAAGCGGCUAAGGCACCAACCAUAUACAGCAGAGCUGUUGGGUUUGAAUCCAGCCUGGGCCUGCCAAACGACGACAACUAUAACCAAAAAACAGCUGGGCAUGAUGGUAGGUGCCUGUAGUCCCAGGUACUUGGGAGGCUGAGGCAAGAGAAUCGCUUAAGCCCAAGAGUUGGAGGUUGCUGUGAGCUGUGAUGCCACAGCACUCUACCCAGGGCGACAGCUUGAGGCUCUGUAUCACAAAAAAAAAAAAAAAAGCUUACAACUCAAUAAUGAAAGACAAAUAGCCCAAUUAAAAAAUGAGCAAAGGAUCUGAAUGGACAUUUGUCUAAGGAUGAUAUAUAAAUAGGCAAUAAGCAUGCAAAAAGAUGCUGAACCUCUUUAGUCACCAUGAGGCAAAUGCACAACUAAACUCUGAUAUCAGAGAUAGGUCUACUUCACACCCUUUAGGAUGGCUUGAAUCAAAAAGUUAUCAGAUAAUAACAAGUGUUGGUGAAGAUGUAGAGAAAUGAGAACCCUCAUAUAGUGCUUGUGGGAAUAUACCAUGGUGAAGCCACUUUGGAAAAUAGUCUGGAAGUUACUCAAAUGAUUAAACAGAGUCAUCAUAUGACUCAAAAAGUCUACUCCUAGAUAUAUAUCCAAGAGAAAUGAAAGCAUGUAUCUACAUGAAAACUUGUACAUGAAUGUUUAUAGCAGCAUUAUUCAUCAUAGCCAAAAGGUGGAAACAAUUGAAAGAUUCAUCUGAUGAAUGGAUAAAAUGUGAUACAAUAGUCCCCCAUUAUGUUAGGAAGAUAUGUUCCAAGAUCCACAGUGUAUGUCUCAAACUGGAUAAUACCAAACCCUAUACCAUACUAUGAUUUUUCUCAUA